AUCCCAAAAUCGGCUAAUAAUGUCCCUCCAACGCCAGCACCAUUCUUCCUCCUUCCCUUCUUGCUUCCGCCCCGCCUCCGCCGCCGCCGAUACCUUCAAAGCGUCUCCACUGCCUCCGCAAACCGCUGGUGAAACCAACCUUACAACAAGUUUCUACCACACAAAUCUUGGGCUUUUCUCCCUCACCUGGUCCCGUACCUUCCUUGGCUGCUCUAUCAUCGUCAACCUCUACCCUUCCUCUCAUUUCUCUCACUCUUCGCCUCUCUCUCCCCCUUCAUUACCUUCCUCCUCCACCCUCCGUUUUCAUAUUCUUAUCAAACCCUUCGUUUUUUGGAAGAAAUAUGGGAACAAAAAGCUCAGCCCCGCCACCACCGCUAAACUCCAUGUCUUCUGGGACUUUUCCAGGGCCAAAUUUGGACCCGGUCCAGAACCCGAAUCUGGAUUCUACAUCGCCGUCGUUGUUGAUCGGGAUAUGAUACUUCUCGUCGGUGAUUCUACCGAAGAAGCUUACGCCAGAACCAGAGCUCGAAUUCAAACCCCCGGGAAAGCCCAAGCUCUUGUUUCGAGAAGGGAACACCUGUUUAGCAACAAAUUGUACACUACAAAAGCCAGUUUUGCCGGCAAAAGGAGAGAAAUUUCGAUCGAAUGUAGGGUAAACGAUGAUGCAGAGCUUUGUUUCUUUGUCGACAAGGAAAGGGUAUUGCAAAUAAAGCUGCUGAAAUGGAAAUUUAGAGGCAACGAGAAGAUUCAAGUCGAUGGAGUCUCGAUUCAAAUCUCGUGGGACGUGUAUAGCUGGUUGUUUGAUCGGGAUUUGAACAAUGGGCAUGCGUUUUUCGUGUUUAAAUUUGAGGAUGAAGAUGAAGGCUCUGAAGUUCUCGAACAAGUAGUGCCAGUAGCAGUGGGUGCUCUCAACGAGAAGAACGAUGUCGUUCAGUGUCGGCCGAAUUCACCUGGCGGCGGUGGCAAGAAGAGGAGAAGCUUGCUGACGACGGCUAGAAGCUCGUCGUCUUCUUCGAUUUCGACGUCUUCGGCUUCAUCGGGAGGAUGCUCGUCGGUAAUGGAGUGGGAAAGCAUUGAGGAAAGUGAGUUAAAUGCUCCUACUGGCUUCUCUUUGCUUGUCUAUGCCUGGAAAAAGUGAAGAUUCUUUCUUUCUUUUCUUCAUUCAUUUAUGGUUUCACUAAC